AAAUUUCAUUGGAAAUAGAGAGUUAUUUGUUCGUGUGUAUGUGCGUGUGUGUUUGAGAGAGAGAGAGAGAGAGAGAGAGAGAGAGAGAGAGAGAGAGACGUGUGUACCAUUUGCUGAGGCCCCCUCUCUGAAAACGAGCCAAUGUCUUUUCUCUGAACUUCUCCAUAUGACCCAAACUACAAAACUCCAUGGUUACUUCCUCCAAACAAUCAGGUUCAUCUCAUGUCUAGCCCUCCAACCCCAAAACCCAGUUCGAUUCCUGAGAAAAUCAUGGGAACCAGACCACUCAACAAAAAUUCUCUCUCUAUUGGAAACCGCCAAAACCUUCAAAUCUCUCCUUCAAAUCCAUGCCCAAAUGAUCAGAGCCUCUCUCAUAGAAGACACAUUUUUAGCAAGCCGCAUUAUCUCAGCUCUUUGCCGUGUCUCGACCCCACAAAGCUUGAAAGUAGCUUACCGUCUCUUCUUUUCACAAAUUCCCCAUCCUACUAUGUUCAUAUGGAAUUCCAUCAUCAGAGCUUAUGCACAUAGCCAUGAACCAAAAGAAGCCCUCUCUCUCUACCAAACCAUGUUAGAGAGAGAAGUUUCUCCUGAUAAUUACACAUUACCCAUUGUGAUCAGGGCCUGCAUUCGCCUCUCUUCACCAAAAACUGGAUUAACAAUUCAUGGGCAAGUGAUCAAACUAGGGUUUGAAUUUGAUAUCUUUGUCAAGUCUGGAGUUCUAAACCUCUAUAUCAAUUUUCAAAGACUUGAUGUAGCACGAUGUAUGUUUGAUGAAAUGGAUGAAAGAGAUGUGGUUUUGUGGACCACCAUGAUUGCAGGCUAUGCAAACUCAGACAACUCAAAAGAAGCCUUUCUAUUAUUCGAAGAGAUGCAAAAUACUGGAAUUUCACCUAAUCGGGUCACCAUUGUUAGCCUUUUGUCAGCCUGUGCAAAACUUGGUGCUCUCAAUAAGGGGCGAUGGCUCCACAAAUACAUUGAGGAUAAGUGGCCUAGCCCUGAUCUCCUCGUGGGAAAUGCUUUAGUGAACAUGUAUGCGAAGUGUGGGUGCUUAUAUGAAGCGAAAAGAAUUUUCGAUUCGAUGAAAGAGAAGAAUGUGGUUUCUUGGAAUGCUAUGAUUGGUGGGUUUGCCCAAGCCAAUUCGGGCACUGAGGCUUUGGCUUUGUUCGAAGAAAUGAGGCUUGUUGGUCCAACUCCAAAUGGUUUCACAAUGGUUAGCGUACUCUCUGCUUGUGCUCAAUUGGGUGAUCUCAAGCUUGCCAAAAAGCUACACUCUUAUGUAGAGGAGCUUGAACUCAUAGAGAAGGACGUGUUUGUAGGCAAUGGUCUGAUAAAUAUGUAUGCAAAAUGUGGGGCUAUAGAGAGAGCAAAUUCGGUCUUUAGGCAAAUGAGAGUGAGAGAUAUCUUUUCGUGGACGGCUAUGAUUACCGGCCUUGUUCAAGGCAAUCAGUUCAAAGAGGCUUUAUCACUCUUUCAAAAGAUGCAAAACUUUGGUGAAAAACCUAAUGAGGUCACUCUUGUUAGCAUUUUAUCAGCAUGUGCUCAACUUGGUGCCUUGGAUCAGGGCAGAUGGAUCCAUGCCUACAUCGAUGAGCAUGACAUGGGUUGCGAUGUUUUUGUGAAUAAUGCACUGAUUGACAUGUACGCCAAGUGUGGAUGCAUAGAGACUGCGUUAUUGGUCUUUCGUGGGAUGACUUGGAGGGAUGUUGCAUCAUGGAAUACGAUCAUGGGCGGCAUUGCCAUGCAUGGCCAUGCCCGAAAAGCCAUUCAGCUCUUCACAGAGAUGCUCAAACAAAGGGACGUGAGGCCUGAUAGAAUGACCCUUAUGGCUGUACUUUGUGCAUGCACGCAUGGGGGCAUGGUCCAAGAGGGGCGCCAUUACUUCAAAUCAAUGAAUACUAUUUAUGGCGUAAACCCCAGUGUUGAGCAUUAUGGAUGCAUGGUUGAUCUAUUAGGCAGGGCUGGCCUUUUUGAUGAAGCAUGUGGCCUCAUAGAUAGCAUGCCCAUGAAUCCUAAUGCUAUUAUAUGGGGAACUUUGAUGGCCUCAUGUCGAGUUCACAACAAUGUGGAUCUAGCAGAGACGGCCGCUCGCCAUUUGAUUGAGUUAUCACCAAAUGAUGAAGCUGUUUAUGUACUGCUUUCCAAUAUGUAUGCUGAAUCUCAGAGGUGGGAAGAUGCCAGAAAAAUUAGAGAUUUGAUGAGUGAGAGAGGAAUUGAGAAGGCGCCAGGGUGCAGCUCGAUUGAGGUUAAUGGUGUCGUUAAUGAGUUUUUAGUGCAAGAUUUCUCACACCCGGAGAGAGACCGUAUUUAUUCAGUGUUGGAUGGACUUGCUUUGAUUUUGAGGCAGGCUGGUUAUCUACCUGAUUUAGCUCAAGAAUUUGAUGCUUGAGCUCCUAAUGGAAUACGUAGAGAAAGUUUUAUAUAUC